GACCGAGAAGUUCGCCAGGUGACCUCCCAGCCACAAGGUGGCAGCAUGGUGCCCGGUCAUACGUCGCUGUGUUUCCUGGUUGUCGUUGUCGCGGAGGAUUGAGCAGCGAUGUCGACUCACGACGAUUUGUUUGACGGUAUUUUUCUGGCGGAGGAACGGUUUCGAGGAGAAGGUUACAGUGAGGGAUUUGAGAGCGGGAAAAGUCGAGGAUUGCUGGAGGGCCGCAGACAUGGGGCCUGUCAUGGAGCCAAGUUAUCCACAGAGAUUUCCUUCUAUCAUGGGUUUGCCAUCACCUGGAAAUGUCUUCUCCAAAAUAACACAGACAACAAAUCAAGGAAGCGUCUGAAAGCUCUGGACACUCUGAUGACUCUGGUCCAGUCCUCUCCUCAUGAUGACCCACAGUCUGCAGCGCUGCAGGAGGACGUGGAGAAGAUCCGAGCCAAGUUCAGACAGGUCUGCUCGAUGCUGAACGCCCCAACUGACUUCAAGGAUUACAUCAAAACCUCUGAGGGGACUUCCUUCUGAGUCUGUCCUGAUGAUGAUGAUGAUGAUGAAGAAAAAGAGGAGCAGCUGACCUGUGUGUGUCGUGGACAGUGAAUGUGAUGCGGGGGUCCAGGGUCCAGGUCUAGUCCAGGUCUAGUCCAGGGGCUAUUUAAAACAGACCACUAAAGUCUGGACCCAGGAACAUCAGAGACAAAGUGACAAUCGCAGAAAACCAUGAGGAAGUUAGCAACGAUGGCUACGCUGCAGGAACACCUGAGCGGCGCAGAUCUACUCACUCUCCUCCAAGAGAUAAGAAAUGGCAAAGAGGAUCUCUCUGAAACCAUCAGUGACCUUCCUGUGUGAUUCCUCACGACUGACGGACGGAUGUAAAGCCUUACAACAGUUUGUGAGAGUUAGAGAUUAACCAGAUUAACCAGAUUAACACUGUGGUCAGUUCUAGAAAUGUUCACAUUUAUUUACAAUUACAAUUGUAAUGUCAUGUUUUUGUUUUAUACUUAAAAUGCAUAUUUAAAUCAGCCCCGCGGGGGUAGAUGGUGGCACAAGUGCAGUGUGAUGGGGUAGAUGGUGCUGAUGUUGGUUUCUGUUUCAGUAUUUGAUGGAUUUUUUGUUCUCAGUGCUUUAACCUUUUACUACUUGGUUGUAUGGGACAUAUCUAUCAUAGAUACUGUUAGUUUAAAUGGACCAGAUUAAGAUUAAGAUUAACUUUAUUGUCUUGGGCCCUACACUCAUGCUGCAGGUGAAAAAACAUGUACAAAUACGAUACACAACGAUACAACAACUUUUAAAAUGACCCUGAUGGUGAGUAAUACACAACAUGGUGCCCAACAGUGCGAUCUCAACACAUUUCCCAUUUCUGCUGAAUAAAUAAAUAAAUAAAAUAAAAGUAGCCUUGAAGAACGCAACCCUGAGCCCAUCAUUUUCUCACAACACUUCAUUAUUAGAGCUGUAAGUGCGACAGGACGGUCGUCAUUGUUGCUUUUUUUGGGUACAGGAAUAAUCGUAGAGCUUUUCCAGAUAGAGGAAAGCAGUUUUAACCUGUGGUUUGCUGCUUUUAAGUAAGGACUUAUACGUGGGAAUUAAAUGGACACCAUUGUGAUCAGAUGACCCUAACGGGGGCUUAAUCUUAGCCGUCAUA